UCCAAGUCUUCGUUCCUCGAUCUAAUCUAAUAUAUAUGUUCCUAAUCACCUUACUAUACAACACAAAACGCAAUAUCCUUCUUUCCUCGACCAUCUACUAAACGUAUAUAUGGAAGUUAUAGCUAACAUGGUUCCGCCAAUAGAAAUUGAAAAGAUAAAGGAAAAAUUAGAAAAUAUUCAACACUUCAUUCAUGGUUCAAAUAGAUUGGUUAUUGCUGAAGAAGAUAACACACAAGGCAGAAUAAAAAAGAGAUCAGCUAUAAAGCAGUUGAUAGAAGCAGCUUUUGCCAUGGAAGAUGUGAUUGACGAAUAUAUGAUACAUGAAGAACAACAGACAGAUCAUGAUCCUGGAUGUGAAGUUUUAGCCUGUGAUAUUAUUAUGUACUACAUCAAAACUAUCAUCCUUCGUCGUCGAAUAAAUCAUCAAUAUGGAGAACUUAACUCACUAUUUCAUGAAAUAAGUAAAGGAGAUGGUUCCCAAAUCCAAUCUUCUUCGGAACAAAACAUUCGAGUUCGUGUUGACAAAGUUGAUGUUGUGGUGGGUUUUGAUGAUUCAAUUGCUAAACUGGUUGAUUGGUUGGUAAUUGGAGAAGCCGAGCGCACUAUCAUCUCUGUGGUAGGAAUGGCAGGAAUCGGAAAAACAACUCUUGCUAAAAAAGUGUUUGACAGCCCACGAACCAUUCAACACUUUGAUUGUCUUGAAUGGUUCACAGUGUCUGCUUCAUACACUAUUGAAGAGUUGUUGAGAGACAUGCUGCGUAGGUUUUACAAAAAACCAUCAAACUCUCCUCCUUUUGCAACGGAUCGAAGUUUAUUGAUCGACAAAGUGAGAAAUUACUUGAGACUAAAGAGGUAUGUUUUUUUCUUUGACGAUGUAUGGAGUACACAUUUUUGGGAUGAUAUAGGAGAUGCUUUGGUUGACAAUAGAAAUGGAAGUAGGAUAUUUAUCACUACUAGGAGCAAGAAUGUUGCUUUCUAUUCUGAAAGAUAUUCUCAUUUUGUCACAGUGCAUGAAAUGCAACCUUUACCUCCUAAACAAUCUAUGGAGCUGUUAUAUUUGAAGGCAUUCCAAUAUGGCUACAAGGAAAAUUAUCCAAAAAAUCUAGAAGAUAUAUCUUAUGAAAUUGUUAGGAAGUGUAAGGGUUUACCACUAGCAAUUGUCACCAUUGGAAGUGUUUUAUCUGGCAAACCAAAAACUGCAUUUGAAUGGAAAAGGUUUAGUCAAAAUCUAGGUUCAGAGCUAGAAGAGAAUCCGCAUUUGCAUGGCAUAGGAGACAUUUUUAGUUUGAGUUAUGAUGAUUUGCCUUCUCAUCUCAAAUUGUGCCUAUUAUAUUUUGCAAUAUAUCCUCAAGACUAUGAAGUUAAAUCAAAGAGACUAAUUCGACACUGGAUAGCUGAAGGAUUUGUCAAAGCAAAACCUGAAAGGACUUUGGAGGAUCUUGCAGAAGAAUACUUACAAGAGUUGAUCAAUAGAAGUUUGGUGCAAGUAUCUUCUCUUAGCCUUGGUGGUAAAGUUAAAGGUUGUUGUGUUCACAACUUAUUACGUGAGAUGAUCCUAAGAAAAGUUGAAGAUUUUAAUUUUUGCAAGUUUAUUUGUGAAGAUGAUUGGUAUUUGAAAACUGCGAUAAUUCGGCGCCUAUCAAUAGCAACCACUUCCAAUGAUUUAAUACAAAAUAUUGAAAGCUCACAUGUUCGAUCAUUACUUUUUUUCAUGGAGGAAGAAUUACAUGAAUAUCUUGUGAAAAUAAUCUUUACAAAAUUCAAGCUAUUGAAGGUACUUGAUUUCGAAAAUUCUAGAUUGUUUUAUGUUCCAGGAAAUUUAGGGGAUUUGAUUCACUUGACAUAUUUAAGCUUUAGGAAUACAGAGCUAGAAAGUCUUCCGAAAACCAUUGGUAAGCUUCACAACUUAGAGACCUUAGAUCUAAGACAGACUAAUGUGAAUGAGAUACCAAAGGAGAUUAGCAAGUUUAGAAAGUUGCGACAUCUUCUUGGCAACAAAAUGUCUUUGAGUCAUUUGAAAGGUGGUAUUGGAGAUAUGGAAUCACUGCAAACUUUGAGUGAGGUGAAAAUAGAUGAGGAUGGAAUAGAGCUAAUUAUAGAGUUAGGAAAGUUGAAACAGUUAAGGAAGUUGAGUUUGUUAGAUGUGAGGGAAGAACAAGGAAUUUCCCUAUGCAACUCAAUAAAUAAGAUGUCACAUUUGGAAGUGCUAUACAUUAAAGCAAAAUCAGAAGAUGUAGCCAUAGAUUUGAGUUUUGUUUCACACCCAACUAUGCUUCGAAAGCUUCGCCUACACGCGAAGCUAAACAAGUUACCAGAAUGGAUUCCAAAGCUUGAGAACCUUAUUGAGUUGAGCUUGGCAUGCUCUCGGUUAGCAAAUGAUCCAUUGGAACCACUACAAAGUUUGCCAAAUUUGUUGCUACUUAAUCUAGCAAUCCAUUCAUAUGAAGGUGAAUCUUUGCAUUUUAAAAAAGGAGGGUUUCUUAAGCUAAAGGAACUAGGAGUCAAAUACUUGUAUAACUUGAAUUCCAUCAUUAUUGAAAAAGGAGCAUUGGCUUCUUUAAAAGAGCUCACAUUCAUGAAUAUCCCUAACCUCAAGAGAGUACCUUCUAACAUUGACAACUGGAAGAAUCUUGAAGUUCUCAAUACUCAUUUUAUGCCAAAAGAAUUUGAGAAAAGCAUUGCUCCUCUGCCAAAACCAUUACCCUCUGGCAUUUAACACUAGAAGAAUCCUAAACUUCUCAAUAUUCAUUUUAAGGACAUAAUUGCUCCUUUUCCUAAACCUAUGAUGAAAUUUCAUAAAAAGUAGAAGGUAUUAGGCAUCCAGUUAUAAGAAGUUCAGAUGGCAUUUCACAAUAAUGGCUUUGUAACUUUCUAUUUGUGUUUUGGCACUUGUGUAGAGUUGUUUUUUAUCAUGUGAAACCUUUAAAUAAGUGAGCGAUUCUAACUUCUAAGCAUUUUGCUUUUGAUUCAACCUGUUUGUGAUGUGUGGUGUAUGCAAUAAGUUGUGGGAGUUUCUCUUUCAUGGAUUCUAAGACAUUAUAAGGAAAAGUAAGUUUGAUGUAAUUUAUUUGUUUCCAUGAUAUUUUAUUGAGUGUAAGUUUGGAUAAGAGAGUUUGAUGGAAUCACAAUAUACAAUAUAUAAGUAUAAUUUUGGCCAAAA